UUAAACUAAUUAAUUUCCAACCCAACAGCUACCUGUAAUUUGAUUUUCUCCCAUUAAUGCACCCUGAUCAGCAUUUCUCCCUCUAUCUCUCUCACACAGCUCUCUGAAAACCAUAAUAGCGAAUUCGGAGUUCCGAAAUGGCCGGACGACCACACCAUCCGGUGCUGCUCCAGAAACCGCCAGGAUACCGGGACCCGAGUCACUCGGUUCAACCAGGCAGGAGACCGCCGCCACGCAUGCCCGUCCUCCCGCCUAGUUUCAAGCCUCAGAGGAGGCGCAGGAGUUGCUGUCGUGUAAUCUGCUGCUUCCUCGUUCUCCUCCUCCUCCUCGUCGCGCUCGCCCUCACCGUCUUCUACCUCUGGUUUCAGCCUAGCGUCCCAGUUUUCCACCUGCAGUCUUUCCAGAUCCCACUGUUCGACGUCAGAGCCAAGACCGACGGCACGUACCUCGACGCGCAAACGGUCUCGACUUUCGUGGUGACUAACCCCAACCGGAAGCUCUCGCUGUUCUAUGAGCAGAGCAACGUCGCGGUCACAUUUGGGGAGGACGAAACGAAGGUCGGGUCGGAGGAGUUGCCGGAGUUCACUCAGAAGAAGAGCAGCACGACGAGCUUGAAGGUGAAGACCGGGGUAACGAACCAGCGGGUGGAUGGUGAGGAAGGAAAUAGGCUAAAGGCUAGGUUCCAGAGCAAGGAAUUGAUGGUGAAGAUGGAGGUACGGAUUGCGGUGGGAUUUCUACUGGAUGCGCUGCGGAUAGGGCCCCUGGAGAUGAAGGUUUUGUGCGAUGGUGUGAGCUUGAUGUCGCUUGAGGCUGGUGCCACUCACAAAUGUACCCUUGACACUCUCAAAUGGAUAAACGUACAUUGAUACUAGGGUUGUCGUGUUUGAAGAUUGUUGAUGGUAGAAGAUCAUGAUGCGAUAUGUCAUUUUGACUGCA